GGUGGGCAGGACCGAAAGAGAGAGAGAGAGAGAGAGAGAAAGAGGAGGAGAGGGAGAGAGAGAGAUGCACCACGGGGGUUCUCAUUCAAACUGACCAGCGCGUCUCUGAGUCAGAUCAGACUCCUCAUCCAUCAGUCCAUCAUCCUCCUCCGAGCAGCAGCAGCCUGCAGCCUGCAGCAGACCACCGGACAAGGUGCCGAAGAGCUGAAGAAGAAGAAGAAGAAGAAGAAGAGGAGGAUGAGGAGGUGAUGUCUUCUCCUCAGCUCACUGUGAUUGUUUAGCUCAGCGAGGGUUUGAGCCUCCCAGCAGCCUCUCCUCAGCGUCCUAACGCUAAACGUCCCGGCCCGCCGCCUCGCUCUCUCCUCCGGUUCCCCCCCAUAGUGCCAUGGCCUUCACCCUGUCAGAGAUCAUGGCAGCGAGACGGCAGCAGUCGCAGGCUCAGUCACAGGCCCAGCGAGGCAACAGGACGGCGGUGGAAGUGGACGAAUACAGCACCAACCCAACUCAGGCCUUCACCUUCUACAACAUCAACCAGGGACGCUUCCAGCCGCCGCACGUCCACAUGGUGGACCCGAUGCCCCACGACACGCCCAAGCCGCCGGGCUACACCCGCUUCGUGUGCAUCUCGGACACCCACUCCCGCACCGACAGCAUCCAGAUGCCGUACGGAGACGUGUUCAUCCACGCCGGAGACUUCACCGAGCUGGGGCUGCCCUCCGAGGUCAAGAAGUUCAACGACUGGCUAGGUACCCUGCCCUACGACAUCAAGAUAGUGAUUGCCGGCAACCACGAGUUGACCUUCGACCAGGAGUUUAUGGCGGACCUGAUCAAGCAGGACUUCUACUACUUCCCUUCCGCCUCCAAGUUGAAGCCGGAGAACUACGAGAACGUCCAGUCGCUGCUCACCAACUGCAUCUACCUGCAGGACUCCGAGGUCACCGUGCGGGGCUUCAAGAUCCACGGCUCGCCCUGGCAGCCCUGGUACUACGGCUGGGGCUUCAACCUGCCGCGGGGUCAGGCUCUGCUGGACAAGUGGAACCAGAUCCCCGACAACACCGACAUCCUGGUCACACACUGCCCCCCACUGGGUUUCCUGGACUGGGUCCCGAAAAAGAUGCAGCGUGUCGGGUGCAUGGAGCUGCUGAACACAGUCCAGAGGAGAGUCCAGCCCAAGUUACACGUGUUCGGACACAUUCAUGAAGGUUACGGCAUGAUGACCGACGGCACCACGACAUUCGUCAACGCCUCGGCCUGCACCGUCAACUUCCUGCCCAUGAACGCGCCCAUCGUCUUCGACCUUCCCAACCCGAACCCGAGGGCCACAACAUGACUAGAGGAGGCCCGCCCCAAAACACCUGCCGCCCCUCUGGAGAAAGGAGCCAGGAGAGGCAGGUGAGGUCGGAGGGCGGGCGGAGCGGAGCGGAGCCGAGCAGAGUCUGUAAAUAUGAGGCGACACACACGGUCGGUAACACGCCCGGAGACGGAGCCGGACCGAGCGACGGGGAGGACGCCUCCUCGCGCUGUUAAUGUUAUUUUAUGUGCCAUCAUUUCUUCAUCUCAAAUCCAAACGGACGAGCGGAGAGACGCUGGACAAAAUGGACAUUUCUCUGUCCUCUUUUACUGCACUGACAAUCUGAUGAUGUGGCUCUCAGAGAGACGAGAGAGACACCCCGACGUCCCCGACGUCCCCGUUCUCACUUCAUCUAAAUGAACUUAAAGUGAGACAACCCAGCACCUCGUCUAUAUUUUGGUUAAACGGAACAAUGAGCCCCGAGGAGGACGGGAUUUUAACAGAACUUUUCUCCCAUUUUUAAAAGAUAUUUCCUCAUUUCCUCCCCCUGUUAUCUCCCUCCUCCUGUUUCUCUCUCCCCUCCUCGGGCCCGGAGCAUGAUGGGAGUGUUUUUUUGCCAGUGUGUGUGAGAUCAGAGCGAGUGUGUGAGGGCAGCGAGAGGUCUCUGCCGGGGGCUGUGUGAGAGUCGGGGUGUCAGACAUGUUGACACGGCUCCCCUGGGCCUCAUUACAGCCCUCUUAACCGGGCGAUGAGGACGACGCAGAGGAAACCACACGCAACACUUCCCUUCUUUUUCCUCCCCUCUCCACUCCUCCUUUCUCCCUCCCUCUCUCUCCUUCAUGCUGUGAAUAACUAGCACAGCUCUUUAGCUACGACUUGGACGAGACAGCACAUGCGACGUAAAGGUGCUAUACGCUAACGCUGGACAGUCGUUGUUUCAAGGACCCUCCGUCGUGUCAGGAGAGACGGAACUUUCUAUCCUUUUUUCCAAGAGGAGUAAAGCUGUAACUACAUGUACUGUAACUGGUCUUUGUAAAUGUUCUCUGUCGAUGUAAAGAAGAAGAAGAAGAAGAAGAAAAAAAAGUUUUUCUUGAAGAUUUCCAAGAUGCUUUUUAAAAAAACAUGUUAAUAUUCGUGGUUGUUCCAUUUCCUUUCGUCCUAUUUCUUAGUAAUGUAAAUGCUUAUUAUUGUAUUUUCUUCUCUUGUGAAGCUGCUCGGCCCCCAUUUGGUGAUUAUUAACUCUUUCAUGUCUCUCAGCAGUUUGUCUUUUUUUUUUGUUUUGCUCUAUUUUCUGAAUUUCUCGGUAAGAGUCUGAAUGUGCUUCGCAUAACAAGACCACGUCACACUUUGAUCUUCCUGCUCUCCGACAUUCUGUACGAACGCUCCCCCGGGGGCUGCAGUUUACUCCCGCUUCGCUCCUCUUCGCCUCCUCAGCACAUCAGCAUUCAUCGUGCCGGCUGAUGUCUUAAUGUUUUCCAAAAUAGGCAAAAC